GGCUGUAAUAUGUGUUGUGAGUGAUAUAUGCAAAUUACUACAGGAGGAAAUGGUUAAAAGUGUAAAAUGACAAAUAUUCAGAAUAUAUCCAAAUGUUUAAUACACUUGUUUGUCAGACUGUAAAUUUACUUUCUACAUAUAUAAGUACAAUGCUCAUGUGUCAUUUUUGAUCAUUAAUCAGAUUUUACUUAUAUUUGGAACACGCUUUGAUCUAAAACAAAUUCUGAUGAGUGCGUUCAAACUCAAUAGCGACAAUAGAAAAUUGAGCACAUCCUUCCAAAACAAACUGAAAGCAUCUCACAGUCCUACAGCACAGAGGUUCAUUGUAUCCCUCAUGCGUCAUCAAAGCUCCACAGAGCAGGUGAGUGAGCCGUGUUUUUACUUUGAUGCAUCAAGUGGGACAAAACAAAGACACAGGGGUAUGUAUGUUAAGUCACCAUUGACUAUUGGUGACUUGACAUAGUUUAGUUUUAAGGCAGGUUUUGGAUAUCCUGGAUCAAGAUAUUUCCCAUCGGAGGAUACUUGCAAUUAUUGCCCAGACUGUAAAACAGACAAAACAGCAAAAGCAAGGCAAUAGCAGUAAACUCAGUGAGACAGUUGAUACGCUAACAAUACACAAAUAAUUAAAUAAAAUAUGUAUAUAUUUAGUAAAAUAAAACAAAUAAAAGCCAGUCUGUAAAAAAAUGCUUUAGGAAGUGAUUUAAAAGCGACUACUGACAGAUAAAUAAAACACAUCGACGCCAUACUUUAUGGUGAUUUAACUGAAUCUUUAGGUCAAAAUGAAACCGUCACGUUCACAGUCGCUAUAACGCUGCAGAAUUGAUGCAAUAGCUCGUGCAGCUGUCCACCAAUCAAAAUGAAGCGCAGUCACAAUCACCCGGAUGUACUCCUGAAGCACUUCCUCGUCAACACAUUUGCAUGGUAGAACCUAGAACUAUUGAGCUGUCGUUACACUGAUAGCAAGUCGUUUACACAACAGCCAUGCCGGGCCCGGACAAAGAAACGGAUCUGACGGAGAGAAUCGAAGCGUUUCUGACCGACCUGAAGCGUGGAGGAAGCGGGACGGGACCGCUCCGGGGCUCGGCGGAGACAGCCCGAGAGACAACAGCCCUGCUCCGCAGGAUCACAGCCCAGGCUCGGUGGAGCAGCGCUGGCGAUCUGAUGGAAAUAAUCUGUAAGGAGGGGAGGAGAAUGACGGCCGCGCAGCCCUCAGAGACCACUGUUGGUAACAUGAUCCGACGGGUGUUGAAGAUCAUCAGAGAGGAAUAUGCCAGAUCUCGAGGCAGCAGUGAAGAGACGGACCAGCAGGAAUCCCUCCACAAGCUGCUCACCUCUGGAGGAUUCAGCGAGGACAACUUCAAACAUCAUUUUGCGGCACUCAAAGCAAAUGUCAUCGAGGCCAUCAAUGAGUUGCUGACUGAGCUGGAGGGAACAACUGACAACAUAGCGAUGCAGGCCCUGGAGCACAUCCACUCCAAUGAGGUCAUCAUGACUAUCGGCCGCUCUCGCACUGUGGAGGCCUUCCUCAAAGACGUUGUACGCAAACGCAAGUUCCACGUCAUUGUGGCAGAGUGCGCCCCCUUCUGCCAGGGACAUGUGAUGGCAACCAGUCUCUCAAAAGCCGGCAUCGAAACAACCGUGAUCGCAGACGCUGCCAUAUUUGCGGUCAUGUCUCGCGUCAAUAAGGUCAUCAUUGGUACGCAGACGGUUCUGGCAAACGGCGGUCUGAGGGCCGUUAAUGGGACACACACUCUGGCCCUUGCAGCCAAGCACCACUCAACACCGCUGAUUGUUUGUGCUCCCAUGUUCAAGCUCUCACCUCAGUUCCCAAAUGAAGAAGAUACCUUCCACAAGUUUGUCUCUCCACAUGAGGUGCUUCCUUUCACUGAAGGUGAGAUACUCUCAAAGGUGAACGUGCACUGUCCAGUGUUUGACUACGUCCCACCUGAGCUCAUCACUCUGUUCAUCUCCAACAUUGGAGGACACGCACCGUCAUACAUCUACCGACUGAUGAGCGAACUUUACCACCCAGAAGACCAUGAGCUUUAACCAGUGUAAUUAAUAAAUAAAUGAAUAACACAAUGUUUGAUGCAGUCAUGUGUGUCUCUUUUGAUGAGUUACUGUGUGCUGUACUUUAGGAGUUCUACUGAGAGUGUUCCUGGAACUUGUUAAUACAAUGGUGACGCUUUAUUUUUGUACUUUCAGGCAAUAUGAUGGCAUAACUCCAAGUCACAGUAACUUGCUGUAGAAGUAAAGCAACUAGUUGCCAGUAGUUUACUGUAAACAUACAGACAAAUGUGUUUUCUUCCUCUACAGACAA